AUGUAUUUCAGCGACACCUUCCAGCCCUAUUUCCAGCAGAGCGAGGCGUGUCCAUCGACUGUGCCCACACCAACAACCAUGACGAAUACGGUGAAUACAAGCUACAUUAAUGGGUUUGGAACGAUGAAUCCGCACUUUUUGAAUGGGUACACGCCUGAGGGUUACUGUAAGUUAUGGUUAGUAGUUUUUUUAGGGGGGGGGGGAGAUAGGGUAAUAAAUAAAUAGUAAAAGGAAGAAAAUAGAGGUAGGGUGGGGUAAGAUAGGUUAGAGUAAGGUAACACUACAAGCACCCCCUAAAACAACCUAAUUUUAGUCGCCAACUUUCCCCAAGUACCACUACAUCCAGUAAACCCCUUAAGUCCUGAUUCUCCAUACAAUACAUCUUCAAACUACACAUCACCAGUCAGUAUUGACCAAAAACGGCCAAAGAAGAAGAAGCCUCGGAAUCUGUUCCAGAAAUCUCAAUUGGACGCCAUGAAUGAAGUCUUUAAGCGAGAAACAAAUCCAAAAAUGGAAACUUUGACACGCCUACAGGCGGUCACAAGAUUGACCAAGAAACAGGUAAGAAUGGUGUGAUAAGUGAUAAGUAGCCUACUGACAAGUUUUUACUAAAAACAGUUGAGGUAAUUUACGGUAAGACAGGUUACGUAAGAAUAAAGUUACAGUAUAAAUUUUCAGAUAAAAAUCUGGUUCCAAAACCGUCGUUACAAAGAAAAGAAAGGCCUGCAGGCAAAGACUUCAGCAUCAGUAUCACCAAGAGUUAAGGACGAUGAAGAAGAGUUGCCAACCGUUUUCGACCAAAAUAUGAACUUCAACAACACGGCUGUCAAUAACAUGAUGAAUAUGCAGCAGGACAACUUUUUUGUGAGUUUCAUCUUUAUAGGAUUCUACGUAUAGCACUCUUUUCUAGUAUAACCAAUGAUACUAUGAUACUAAAAAGUAUAGUACUAUCUUAAAGUGGUACUGUAAGACAAAUAUGGUACUAUAAUAUUUAGAAGUAGUACUAAAAAUAGUACUCAACCGUAAAUUUUUUUUUCUUUUUUCAGUAACAGUACUAGUACUAUUACAGUACUAUCAAGGUUUCAACAUUGAAUAAACUACUCAAAAUAUCAUAACAUACUAUACCAGUACUGUCAACAUUAAUCGUUGCCAUUUUCAGUACAACAACCAUCAGUUUAUGAACAACUGGACUCCACCUCCACAAUCUACAGUAUACCCACCUACCUUCCCUGCCUUUUACAAUGGCUUCACGGAACCCACGCCAAUGACAAAUCAGUUCCAAAGUUCGCUUACGGAUCAGUUGUAA